UAUCUCUCUCUAUAUAGUGUGUGUAUAUAUAUAGCACCUCUGACUGUUGAUCUUUAUCUUUUUUUCCCGCGCUUUUAAUCCUGCUUUACCCACCUCCAUCACCGGCUUAAACCUCAGAGUCAAAGAAGUCUCUGCUUUUCUAACUCAUAACCUCUCUUUUUCUCGGCACUUUCAUACAUAGCCAUUAGCCACAGUCUCUCUUCUCUCUCACACACACAUUCACACAAGUCCUUGUACUUGAUCUUCUUCGAAUUCACACACACAUUUCAUGAUUCAGAACACCCACAUCAUCUGAUCUAACGAACUCCAUAUGGAUUCAAUCAGACCCACUUCAGCUCCAACAAAAAACAGCAAAUUAGCAAGAACGUUCCAGAAAGUCAUCCACCUCAAAACAGCUACAAAAUCCCUCUCCAACAAUGGCUUCUGUCUCGUCACACCACAAGACAAGCUCAUCAAACGCGACCAAAAACACCACUCUCGUUGUUUCAACAAAGACGAAGACAGCGACCAAGCAAAGCUCCGAAACAGAGCUUCCACGGAAGCUUUCAUUGCGAAGCUCUUCGCAAGCAUUUCCGCUGCCAAAGCCGCUUACGCUGCCCUGCAAAUGGCGCAGUUCCCUUACAAUGGCGAAGGGAUUCAGACUGCAGACGAGGCCGUGGUGUUCGAAUUGAAAGCACUUUCAGAGCUCAAACACAGCUUCUUGAAGAAACAGAUCGAUUCUUCCCCGCCUCAUGUCACGAUCUUGCUCGCCGAGAUUCAAGAACAACAGAGUCUGAUGAAGAUGUAUGAGAUCACGAUGAAGAAAAUGCAGAGCGAGAUUGAAUCCAAAGAAUCGGAAAUUUCUUCCCUUCAAACGGUCUUCAAGGACACUAUUUCGAAUAACAAGUCCAUGGAGAAGAAAUUGAACUCCAGUGCGUCGUUCUGUAAUUCGAUUCUUGACAAUGUAAAGCCACUCGAUUCGAAUCCGAAAGAUUUCAUCAUAGUUCUUCACUACGCGAUUAGAUCUAUACGAAGCUUCGUGAAGUUGAUGAUUCGUGAAAUGGAGGCUUCGAAUUGGGAUAUAGAUUCAGCCGCGAGUGCGAUUGAACCUGAAGUAAUUUUCCCCAAAUCAAACCAUAGAGGUUUCGCGUUCGAAUCAUUUGUUUGCAAAGAAAUGUUCGACGGUUUCAAUCGUCCUUGCUUUUCUCAUUCUUCACCCCACGGUGAUGAUCAUCAUCACCAUCAUCAUCGACGUUUUCAAUUCAUCGACAGAUUCAAGAAAUUGAAGUCUGUGAGUGCGAUUCAAAUCCUCAAAUACAACCCGAAUUCGACGUUUGGAAAGUUCACAAGAACGAAGUAUCUUCAAUUGAUUCAUCCGAAAAUGGAAGCAUCGCUUUCAGGGGAUUUGAAUCAGCGAAAGGCGAUCGAAUCAGGAUAUUAUCCAGAAACGGCGUUCUUUACUGCUUUCGCAGAAAUGUCGAGGCGUGUUUGGCUUUUGCAUUGCUUGGCGUUCUCGUUCGAUCCAGAGGUGAGCAUCUUUCAGGUGAGGAAUAGGAGUAGGUUUUCGGAGGUGUACAUGGAGAGCGUGACGGAGGAGGAGGAACCCUGCACCGCCGCGGACGACGGAGGAGACGGCGAGGUUCAGGUUGCGUUCACGGUGGUUCCGGGGUUUAAGAUCGGGAAAACGGUGAUACAGAGUCAGGUGUAUCUAUCUCCGGCGACGAGUUGAGAAACAAGUCUAAGUGCAAGUCCACGAGGAGACAAGUGCGCACAGCUAGCAGGCGGGGUCCACAGUUGUACGAUAAAGAUUUGAGAUGACCGUGCUUUCGGCUGUGAUAUGGGCAACAUGUAAAGUCGUUUGAUCAGUUUUAAAUAAGUAGUCGCUUCUGCAAAAUAUGAGAUAACAAUGACUUCUGUUGCGAUUCGAUCAGAUGGAGGAGACUCUAUAAAAUCUAUGUUUGUAUAAUAAUCCGUAAUAGCAUCAUUCAGUAAAAUUCUAUAAA